GGCACUAUGAAGGAGAGAUUAAGGACCACCACCAUGUUAGACCAUCUCCCAUCUUCAACCCAGCCUCUUGCCACCAUGUUAGACGAAGCAGAACCCAGCGGCUCUGCCAAGCCGUCGAAUUCCUUCUUGGUACUGAGCAGCGACGACGACGAUGACAAAGCGGCAAACGAAGAUUUGAGCCUAAAGAUCAUCGAGAAGGCGCUGUUGAUGCGCGCUGCCAAGUUGGUUCCCGACGCCGUCGUCCAUUGGUUCUUUUUACUCGUGAAAAAAAGGAAGAGACUCCAUUGUUAAAUAACGGCCAAACCAGCCACUAGAAAAUAGAAUGCAACAGUCACCUAACUUUAUAUCUAAGGUAAAACUAACGCAUACAUAAAGUGUAAGAGUGUGUGAGAAUCUCAAGUCAACUAUCAACCAUAGCUGCAGCUGUAGCUAUAAGCAGCACAGUGAAGUACGGGAUCAUAGGUGUGGGAAUGAUGGGCAGAGAACACCUCAUCAAUCUCCAUCAUCUUCACACCGAAGGCGUAGCUGUUUUUGCUAUAGCUGACCCCCAUGUCCCUUCCCAAGACCUUGCCCUGCAAUUAGCUCAAUCCUUUAAUUGGCCACUGAAGGUUUUUUCGGGGCACCGGGAGCUAUUGGACAGUGGUCUCUGUGAUGUACUAGUUGUGUCAACACCAAACAUGACCCAUUAUGAGAUUCUUAUGGAUAUCAUCAACCACCCGAAACCCCAUCAUGUAUUGGUGGAGAAGCCAUUAUGCACCACAGUUGCUCACUGCAAAGAGGUUGUUGUUGUGAACGAUAAAGAGGAGGAGGAGACAGUGGAAGCCUCAAAUAGAGUUGAGCCUAUUGAUCUAAAUGCUGUUGAAAUAACCGACAACAUUGUGUUUCGGAAGCUUCUUGUGAGUUCAAAUAUUUGCUCUCAAAUGCCAAUUUUGAAAAUACAAUUCCUAUUGAAAGGCUUAGUUUGGUAUCUCUAUGAUUUCCAUUCUCUCAACGGGGCCAAGGUAUUUUGAUCCCCUAGAUAGCGGUUGGGGAGCAUGCUUUAAUUGUGGUGAAGGUCAUACAGUGGCAAAUUGUACAG